AAGACGUCUUAUUUCAGGAAACAAUGACGCAUAAAUGGGCAGGGUUUUAAAGUAUUUCGCCAUUAAGUUGAUAUAUAAUAUCCACACACCACAGGAGCAGUCAAUAUUUAGAAUAUAUCGUACUAUUUUGUUUUCGUAUAUCGAAAACAAUGACGGGCUUACUGAAAAUGAAGAUGUUCGUAUCACUGAUCGUCCUUUACGUUCUUUUGGAUAACGGACUCGGUGCCCCAGCCUCUGGCCCAGGCAAAGGCAGGUACAUGUGGAUCAAGUGUCGUCCAAAUGGUCAGAAUGCCAACUGCAUCAAACAGAGAGGACCAUUGCAGGAUCUACCAGGACUCCCAGACAGACUUCCAGCAUCUGCUGUCAAGGACCUACUGAAUAAGAACCCUGCGCUUGACGAGCAGGAGGCAACCGGCCUCGAAUGGAAAGAUCAGCAGGAGGAGGAUCAGAAGGUGGAGGAGGCAGUGCAGGAGGAACAAGAAGAGGAGGUGGAGGAGGCAGUGCAGGAGGAACAAGAAGAGGAGGUGGAGGAGGCAGUGCAGGAGGAACAAGAAGAGGAGGCGAAGGAGGAAGGACAGGAAGACGUGUAUGAGGACGAGUUAGAAGAGGAUGUUGAUGAGGAAGAAUACCAGUAUGAGGUAGACCCAGUUCUGGUGGAGCCUGUGGAGGAGCAAUCUGGGGAGGGCUCAGCCGCUGGACCUUUCCUCAAUGACCAGGGCUCUGGGGAGUUAGACUACUCCAGCUUUGUCUUUCCUGAGAAGGUCAUGAUAGAUCAGGUCAUACCUCCAGUUCAGGAGAUGAAAGAAGACCUCCUUCUCCUGUAGAGUUAUUGCAGAGAACAGCAAUACUUCUGAAAUGGCUCGUACUGUUUUAAGUGAUUCCUUAUCUGGCAACAUAUCUAAACAUCAUAUGAACGAUGGUAAAUGCCCGAUUUGAUACAUUUACUGUAUAUAAAACUGUCCUAUAAAAGGGCUGUUCUGUGUAGGAUAAGCUUAAUUUGCACCUCAUUUUCCAAAAUUUGUUAAGAAUAUCUUUUUUUAUAUCGUCAUUUGUAUUCAUUUGAUUAAACCAGUGACCUUUAUAUACAUAACCUCUGUGCACAUAAACGGAUUUGAAGGGAUUUUGUGUUUUUUCUUUGCUUGCUGUAUUGAGACAGUUACAGUAAUCAAUAUAGCACCUUUGCCCCCCCCCCCCCCCCCCAAAAGCCUAUAGUCUAUAAGCAAUACGUUAUUUAAAAGUUUCGAUGUAGAUCUCAGUUUAAAAUAAUCUGUAACCAGGCUUAAUUUCUGUCCUAAAACCUAGCCUAUCAUAUGUUAUUAGGUGCAAGACUGCAUAGCUACUACUAAAUAUCUGUAGUGGUCACAAUUAGACAUGUUAUCACUCUUUUCUUGUCUUAUUUCUAACAAUGGGAUGAAAAACAAGUGUAUGGAGGAUUAAAUAAAGAAACAUUUGGAACCAAA